AUGAAGGCUGAUGCGUCUCAAAGAGAAGCUGGUCAGUUCACACAUCAUCAGCACCCCGACCGUCAAUACACAUCAUCAGCACCUCGCCCGUCAAUACACAUCAUCAGCACCUCGCCCGUCAGUACACAUCAUCAGCACCUCGCCCGUCAGUACACAUCAUCAGCACCUGGCCCGUCAAUACACAUCAUCAGCACCCCGCCCGUCAAUACACAUCAUCAGCACCUCGCCCGUCAGUACACAUCAUCAGCACCCCGCCCGUCAGUACACAUCAUCAGCACCUGGCCCGUCAAUACACAUCAUCAGCACCCCGCCCGUCAAUACACAUCAUCAGCACCUCGCCCGUCAGUACACAUCAUCAGCACCUGGCCCGUCAAUACACAUCAUCAGCACCUCGCCCGUCAAUACACAUCAUCAGCACCUGGCCCGUCAAUACACAUCAUCAGCACCCCGCCCGUCAAUACACAUCACCAGCACCCCGCCCGUCAAUACACAUCAUCAGCACCUGGCCCGUCAAUACACAUCAUCAGCACCUGGCCCGUCAAUACACAUCAUCAGCACCUGGCCCGUCAGUACACAUCAUCAGCACCUGGCCCGUCAGUACACAUCAUCAGCACCUGGCCCGUCAAUACACAUCAUCAGCACCUGGCCCGUCAGUACACAUCAUCAGCACCUGGCCCGUCAGUACACAUCAUCAGCACCCCGCCCGUCAGUACACAUCACCAGCACCCCGCCCGUCAAUACACAUCAUCAGCACCUCGCCCGUCAAUACACAUCAUCAGCACCUCGCCCGUCAAUACACAUCAUCAGCACCCCGCCCGUCAAUACACACCAUCAGCACCCCGCCCGUCAAUACACACCAUCAGCACCCCGCCCGUCAAUACACAUCAUCAGCACCUCGCCCGUCAAUACACAUCAUCAGCACCCCGCCCGUCAAUACACAUCAUCAGCACCCCGCCCGUCAAUACACAUCAUCAGCACCCCGCCCGUCAGUACACAUCAUCAGCACCCCGCCCGUCAAUACACAUCAUCAGCACCUGGCCCGUCAAUACACAUCAUCAGCACCUGGCCCGUCAGUACACAUCAUCAGCACCCCGCCCGUCAAUACACAUCAUCAGCACCUGGCCCGUCAAUACACAUCAUCAGCACCUCGCCCGUCAGUACACAUCAUCAGCACCUGGCCCGUCAAUACACAUCAUCAGCACCUGGCCCGUCAAUACACAUCAUCAGCACCUCGCCCGUCAAUACACAUCAUCAGCACCUGGCCCGUCAAUACACAUCAUCAGCACCUCGCCCGUCAGUACACAUCAUCAGCACCUGGCCCGUCAAUACACAUCAUCAGCACCUCGCCCGUCAGUACACAUCAUCAGCACCUGGCCCGUCAAUACACAUCAUCAGCACCUCGCCCGUCAAUACACAUCAUCAGCACCUGGCCCGUCAAUACACAUCAUCAGCACCUCGCCCGUCAGUACACAUCAUCAGCACCUGGCCCGUCAAUACACAUCAUCAGCACCUGGCCCGUCAAUACACAUCAUCAGCACCUCGCCCGUCAAUACACAUCAUCAGCACCUGGCCCGUCAAUACACAUCACCAGCACCUCGCCCGUCAAUACACAUCAUCAGCACCCCGCCCGUCAAUACACAUCAUCAGCACCUCGCCCGUCAAUACACAUCAUCAGCACCCCGCCCGUCAAUACACAUCAUCAGCACCCCGCCCGUCAAUACACAUCAUCAGCACCCCGCCCGUCAAUACACAUCAUCAGCACCCCGCCCGUCAAUACACAUCAUCAGCACCUCGCCCGUCAAUACACAUCAUCAGCACCUGGCCCGUCAAUACACAUCAUCAGCACCUGGCCCGUCAAUACACAUCAUCAGCACCUCGCCCGUCAAUACACAUCAUCAGCACCCCGCCCGUCAAUACACAUCAUCAGCACCUGGCCCGUCAGUACACAUCAUCAGCACCCCGCCCGUCAGUACACAUCAUCAGCACAUGGCCCGUCAAUACACAUCAUCAGCACCCCGCCCGUCAGUACACAUCAUCAGCACCUCGCCCGUCAAUACACAUCAUCAGCACCUCGCCCGUCAGUACACAUCAUCAGCACCCUGCCCGUCAGUACACAUCAUCAGCACCUCGCCCGUCAGUACACAUCAUCAGCAGCCCGCCCGUCAAUACACAUCAUCAGCACCCCGCCCGUCAAUACACAUCAUCAGCACCCCGCCCGUCAAUACACAUCAUCAGCACCUGGCCCGUUAG